CCCCUACACACACAUCCCCUGGAUGCAGCACGUCGGCCCUUUGCUCUGUUAAUCCCGUGAACACUCACUACGAUCUGCCUGUAUGCUCUGCUCUACUCUUGAGCUCUGAUGAUCCAACAAAUGAAUGACAGGACACCUCACUCUGAGAAGACACCAAAAUUCUGUCCGGGAUUAUAACACUGCUGUGAACGUCAUCAGAUCAGAGCCCAUUAAUUGUGUGCUGGGGCUCCACUGGACUCAGUUGGGCCAGUUGAGUAUGAGGUGCCAUGCCUGCACCGUGACUUUCCUCCUGCCUGUUGCUCUUUACCUCUGUCUGGCCCCUGUGUGUUGGGCUGCUGUGCUCCCUAGCUCCUGUGGCGUCAUCUACAAGAGCUUUGCUCAGUGUCUCCUUACUCUGGGGGACAGUCUGGGUGACACACAGAAAGAGCAGAGCACACAGGACAUUGACACAAUCUGCAGAUCAUGGGAUGCGUUCCAUGUGUGUGCGAAUGCGGCACUUGCCAGUUGUCCUGGAGACGCAGCGGCUGUGUGGGAGUCUCUGAGGCAAGAGUCCAGGAAGACCCAGUUUUCUGGAAACCUCUAUGACAUGUGUGCCAGCCGCACCACACUGGCAUCCAAUACAGUGCCCGUGCCACCCUCCCAGAGGCCACCAACGUCAGACCAGACCAAUCAAGAAACUCUAAAAGGGUACACGCAUCACCUUGGACCCGCCUACACCACGCUUCUGCUCUCAGCAUGCAUCUCUCUACUGCUCCUGCUCAGGAUGUAGCCCUGGCCUCCCUCAGACUGCUAUAGGUUCUCUGUGAGCCUUGUGUUUAAAUGGACUGAGCAUCAAAUUAACCAACACACACUUGUAAAAAAAACUCACUCCAACACACACACAAGCACACUCCAAAAUGCAUACCUCCUCCAACACGCAUCCACACACACACACAGAAACGCAAGAAAACACUCCCAAGCGUUAUGGACAUCAUUAUUAGAUAUAUUAUGUAAAAUAGAGUUUCUAUGUCAACCUCUCUGUGCAAUUGUCUGUAUAUCAUUUAUAAGAGGGAAGUACUGACAUUACUGAUACAGAGUUGCUCUAUAAUCUACAUGUUGGGUGAACUCUGUUUUUAUAUGUGACAUGUGUAGUGGGGCAAUAUUUGAUACAUGUAUGUAUGCAUAUAUUAUAUAUACCUCACAUGCAACUUGUAAAUAAGACUAAGCAAUAAGCCCAUGAACUGAAUUAUCUGACUUCAGAAGAUAAAUAACAAUAUGCAAAAGACUAUAGUUAAACCAUGUGCAAUCAAGUAUUAUGCUGACUAAUAUCAAGGAACUGUCACGAGAAGUGAAUAUCAAAGCAAGUACUACUUAAUAACUUUAUGCAAUGAAUGGAUUCACAUACAAGACAUAAAGCAUAAGUUACAAAGCAUUAGCAAGCAUUCUAGGCAUGGUCAGAGAGAGAGACAAAGAAACCAUAGCUUGAGCCAUGGCACAUAGCUCAUGGGAGAGGGAGAAAACAAGAAAGAAAGACGAAGUAUCUCACCACAGCAGUUCAGGAACAAAAAAUAGAAAGAAUGAAUCUAAGACCUUUUAUAACGUUUGAGUUGUUCGGAUUCAGAAUCUGAGUUGUUGAUCAAUAGCAUUACGGUAAAAUGAACUUCCAAUCAGAUAUCAGACCUGUAAAGACAACAGAACCUCUGCUACCCAGAGGUGUGACAAUGGGGGUUGGUGAGAUGGGGGUUGGUGAGAUAAUUCUGAAUUCCUUAGACAACACAGAGGAAUCCUUGCAUACAGUUGAUAAGUCACUUUGGGGGCGGGCCAGCCACUUUCGUGUUUUUAUGAGCUAUAAGAGUUCAAAAUGUAUUUUACUCAGCCACCAGCUGACUAAAUCCCUAUAUUCCCCAAUCAUUGAUUCUUGCAUUGCCUGUGUGGGCACUGGGCACGGAAUAGCCACCACACACAUUGUGCCUGUGGACUUAUUAUGUAAUGAUUCAUCAUAAUGUAAAAAUGAUAUCAGAAGCUGCACUUCACUUACAUGUUUUGUCUUCAUAGUUUCAUGUGAGGUUGCUCAGAGCAGUUGCUUUAAGGGGUGCAUGCUUUGUUUCAUUCAAUUGUAAGAUGUGAAAUCAGACACACAUCUGAUUAAUCCAGACAGUUAAAUUUAAUAAUAAUUCAUGCAUUCAUUUGUAAUAAAAUAUAUUAACAAGAA